AUGGGGUCCCGAGUUGUGCCAGGCAUGGCUGGCUGCAGUUUUUCUCCUACACCCCCUCCCUGCCGUUAUGGUUUUACAGCAUUUCUUAGAUCAGAAAAAGAAGAGUCAGCCAUAGAAGGGAAGAGCACUACUGUACGCUGCACCUAUGAUAUAAACAGAUACAGGUUUAGCAAAAAGUACUGGUGCCGGGGAAGUUCCCGUACAUCUUGUGAUGUUUUAGGAGACACAGAGAAGUUUGUAAAGUGGAAUUAUAAAAACAAAUUAUCACUCUGGGAUUUUCGGAGAGGAAUCUUUGUGGUGACCAUGAAGCAAUUGACUACAGAUGAUUCAGGAACAUAUUGGUGUGGUAUAGACAGGCCUUUUGCUGAUAUAAUGAUUGCAGUGGAACUGAAGGUACAAAAAGCUCCUGCAACUCAAAGGAAUAUGAGAACUACUCCUACCCACACUCUCUCUUCUAGGACUGAGACUACAACAACUUUUCCAGUCAUUUCCAAGUCUUCUUUAAAUGGGCUUCUCUGUUCCAAUUCCACAUGGCAUCACAAUAGUGUCAUAUUAGGGUUGACAAGCAGUCCAUGGGGCAUUCUACGUUGGGUGAUCCUGGCUAUUCUCGUGGCUUCUUUCAUUGCGAUUCAUUCAAACACAACACAGAAAAACUGGGAUGUAAUAAACGGAAUGAACGAACUGAAUGCCUCUGAGGAACAACAGGAAAUCUCUGAAGAUUUCUAUGAAAUACUGGGAAUGUGA